CCCGACGUGGACACGGAGCGGCCGAGGCAACGACAUUUUACUGCCGCUAGCUCAGACGUCAGCGCGAUCAUCAACAGCAGCCGUUGCGUGCGUGUUAAUGAGUCAACCGUCAGGUGCGCGUAGCUGCUCUCUUCCUGAUCAGGCGACCAGCUUGCGCGCGCGCCUGCGUGUAUAUAUACUACCUACGAGCUCGAUCCGGUACGCCAUUGGCCGUCGGAUUGCUCCGUACGCGCGCGCGUCCCUCUCCCCGCUGCAAACUCCGGCGCGCUGCACGCGCGCGGCAGACCAAGAUGCUCUCGGCCGCCGGCGGUGUGGCGCGCUCCCUCGUCGCCGCCGCUGUCGGGGCAGCUGGUACGGUGAUCGGCGCCGCGGCCGGCCUCCUCACGGGCUUCGCCACCGAGGAGUCGGAAGGCCUGCUCCGGGGCGCGCUAGUCGGAGCGGUCACCGGCGCGCUCGUCUCCGUCGACCUCGCCGACUCCCUCCUCAGGGUAUGGACCUGCGACGUCUCCGCCAUGGACACGCGCAUCAAACGCACGCGGCUGCUGCUCCAGACCUUCGCGGCGGGGCGCCUCCUGCGCGGCUGCGCGUUUCCGACCACCAGCGGCCUAGGCGAGCACGACGACCUGUACGAGCCGAGCUCCGCGGUGAUGGCCGCGCGGAGGGCCGUCGUGGAGAGCCUCCCGGCGGCGACGCUCACCAAGGAAACCGCGGCCGCGUGGCAGCAGACCACCUGCCCCAUCUGCCUCCAUGAGUUCCAAACGGGUGAGAGCGCCAGGAGGCUGCCUGCCUGCGGCCACGUGUUCCACCUAACGUGCAUCAACAGCUGGCUCCUGUGGAAGCCCCAGUGCCCGAUGUGCCGACACGCCGUCUACUAGCUAGCUAGCUACCGGCGACGGUGCCGCGUCGCCGGCGAGGACUAUCUCGAAGAUUGGCAGUCAGGAAAUCUCCAUCUGCCUCACGAACGCAGAGGACCGAGAAAUGUGUUGUUUUUCUUGUACUACAAAAAAUGUAGAUGCUAGUGUCGUAUCGUAACUACUGAUCUGGAUCAGAGUGGUCCUGUAACUACAUUAUGGAUUCAAGUGUCCAUGAUUUGAAACCAGCUGAUCCCUUCGAAAAGGAGAUACCCUUGGUAA